UAUAAUUUGUUUUUAUAACAUCGGAUGACAACAAUUUUCUUGUUAAACACUUCAUUUAAAUUUUCUUAAGUUGUAAUUAUUGUUUUGAAGCAACCUAGUAAAAAAACAAUAAAAUACACAUAGAUUUAUGGAUUCAUAUGAUAAAACCAUAUUCAUUUACAAUUAUAUCUAAAAGAGUUUGAUUCUUGAUUAGUCUGAUAAUAAUAAAAUAGAGAGGUAAUCAUCAAAUUAGAUGAUUGAUUUGCAUAUGAGCCGAUUAGGUGGUUGGUCGACUAAUCUCAACUGACACUAUCUCAUUUGUGGUGUAUAUAAGUGUUUGGUAUUUCGAAUGAUUUGAUUAAUUUCAAUAACAUUUUUUAAAACGUCGCUAGUUUUGAAGUAUUUUGGAUAAUAAUUAUUGUUCUUUUGAAAAAAGAAGUACGUUAUGGCGAAAUGGUUAACUCAGACAGUAUAUAGAUAUAUAUUAGAAGAAGUACAUUACAAUGGAUAUAUAUGCAUGGGUUGUCAAUUCGUAUCAGGUCUGCUUCUGACUGGGUCGAGCAAAAGUCUGCAAAUGAACAGCAUUGCUUACCAGAACAAAAGCAGCCAACACCAAUGGGAAUGAUCUACUAUUUGUAUGGAUGACAUGUUUUCUUUUGUCGACAAGCUGAUGUGUUAAUUAGUCAGAUAAAACUCAUUAGGAAAAGGUAUUGCAUAAGCGUAAGUAUUAAAUAUAAUUAAGCUCUUGGCCGGUCAAUAAUCACGUAGGUUUUGUAGAAGACGACUGUGACCCUGCUAAUGUGUCAAAAGCCAGAAAUGACGCCACAUAUUUUAACUUUUUGAAGCAUAAAUUAAGAUCUUAUCACAGUUUUCAUCUCCUUUUGGUCAUUUGAAUGGUCAUAUUCCACAAAAAUCAAGAUAACAAAUUGUAAAAUAGUAUUUUCUCCUUUUGGUAAAGAAAAAGAAAGUAAAAAUUAGAAAAGAGAAGCUGACUUAGUUGAGACCAGAUGAGUAUGACACGAACGGCAUAAAUGCCUUCCCAUCACGUCAUUAAUUUGAGCCAUAUAGUUUUUUUUUCCUAAGAACCACAAAUUGACACGAAUGAAUUUGUGUGAAUUAAUCAAGUAAAGCUGCAAUAAUUAUAUUCUCAUUACAUUUAUUAAACAUAUCAUAUCCUUUUACAUUAUAAUUAAAGUGAAUAUUCUCAAUUCAAAAUACUAACAAAACUAAUCAUGUCCAACAUUCCCUUUCAUUCAUUAGUCUAAACCAAAAACUUUGGAGUGUACAUAAUUACAAACGAAAACUUGACACCUGGUUUGUAAUAACUAAAAAAAUAAAGACAUCCAAAAUAAACUUAAUAAAAUUAAUUGUUCAAAAACAAAAUUAACAAAAUUGAAAAUAAGAAAAAAAUUAAUGGCCAUGGACCCACCACUAACAUAAAGCAUCAGCAAGUAGCUUUGCUCCUACUAUUUAAAACGCAUCUGAUUCUUCAUUUUUCCUUCCCCUUCUCCUCUCUCUCUCUCACUCCUCAAGCAACAUACAAUGAGCUUCUUCAUCGAAGAUUCAGGUCUCUUCAUCACCCAACUCCUCUACAAAAUGGCUCUUCUAAUCACCGUCCUCAGAUGGAUCUUCUCCUGGAUCUUACGCUACCGAUCCAGAUCCACAUCCUCCACUCCUCCGAUCUCUUCCCAAGCCAUCAAGGAGAGCCUCUCCGUGACGACGUUCCGCGACGCGGCGGAGCGGUAUCCGGAAUCGAUCAGCGACACUUGCGCGGUGUGCCUCGGGGAUCUGGAGGACGGAGACGAGGUCAGAGAGCUCAGAAACUGUAGCCACGUGUUUCACCGAGAGUGUAUCGACAGGUGGCUUGACUACGAGUGUGAUGAUAACGAUGGGGAGGAAGAUAAUCACCGCACGUGUCCUCUGUGUAGAACUCCGCUGCUUGCUGCUAAUACGGCGUCGUGUUGUGGAGAUUGGCCGACGAAGAAUGAGCCUAGCUGGGCCGUUGAACGGCUUCUCUACCUCUUCGGAGACGAUCUUCUCAACUGAUUUUUUUUUUUUAAUUUUCUUUUCGAUUCUAUUUGAUUUUAGUGGGGGUCGAUCGCGAUCAACAGGAAUUAUUUGGUCACUUUUUUGUAAUUUUGUUAAUUUGUAAGAUAGAAUACGAAAUAUGAUAAUAAUAUCAAUUUAUUAAAAUUUGUUUGUGUAUCAGCAAAUUUACGACUUCGGUAACGUUUAAUUUAAGCGUUACUGAAAAACUUUAAUUCCGUGUGUAUGUGUUCGUGCAAUAAUUAAUAUUAACAUUCUUGAAAGUUCAACUAAUAUUUUUGAUUGUAAGAUGUCCAUAAACUUAUUCCUGUCUCAGUGAAAAUCAUAUCAAAAGCGAUGAAUGCUAUAUUUGCCAUUAGAAUCAUCCAUCAACUUUUAGAAGUUUCAUAUUUUUAACUUGAUUUGCUAUAUUGUGCAUAAUUUUUUUUUGUUAAGAUGAAUUCAUUUUAUUAUUAUGUAAUUUCUACAUACUAAAUUAAGUAACUUGAUUCCCGUUAGCCACCCGAACUGUCUUAAAUGAUAAAACCAUCUACAAUCCAUACUUAUUUUUUCCUCUAUAAUUUCCACAAAACAGAGUACCUCUAUUAUAGAGUAAGUUUUACCCUCUUUAAUAUAUAGUGAAAAAAAUAGAGUUAUGGAUUGAAGAUGCCCUACCAAUACGUAGUUGUUGCGUAUUUCGUGAGAUUAGUCGGUUGAUCUCGAUCGCUGGAUUUCCACGAUUAUCAGAAGAAAAAAAAUUACCAGUCUCACCAACAUUUUACUAAUUUAAUCCACAACUGAAAAAAUAAAAUUAAAACCUAGAAUGGGGAGUCCAACAUUUUCACAGUAAUCUCACUCUGAAGAACCAAACCAAUACCAUCAUUAAUUUAAUUUGAUCGAUUCACAGUGAAGUUUCAUAGUUACAUUUCCCAAACGUUCUACUUUCAAUCUUAUGCACAUAUGCAACGAAUCCUGAAACGGCCCAAACCUCUAACAACUAAUGAUUUUAACCAGAGCAAAUGAAGCACAGUCGUUUUGACGAGUAGGGCAACUGUGGGGUCCGGUCCACUCUUUCUUUUUCUUCUGGAGAAAUAAAGUUAGAGACGAGUGUUAAAAUUGUUCCUAUCAAUACCAUUCCAUCUUCCAAUGGCGGCACAAACACAGAUGCUCUACCAAGCCCAGCACGAUGGAUCUACAGAUUCACUCAUGGAAUCCAUAGGAGAGAUGCAAACGACCAUGUCUCAGCUCCACUCUUCCGUCGGCGUACUGAUCAACUCCAUGGCGGAGAUACUAAAAUCCAUGACCGAGAUGAAAUCAGCUCUCCAACACACGACGACGACGACGGAGAAAGAAUCAACAGUCACGGAGGUUAAACAAGAUCUCCCCGACGCUCCGGAGAAGGAGGAGGAGACUCGCCGCAUCUUUACGAAGAGGAUCGAAGUCGAGAUGCCAGCGUUCGACGGCCGCCAGACUCAAAACCUAAACCAGUGGAUCAUCAAAGCCGAGAGAUACUUCGAGUUCGGAGACUUCACGGAGAAGGAGAAGAUCCUCGUGUCUUCACUAAGCUUCGACGGGCCAGCGCUGAACUGGUUCAUCGUCACGGAGCGUCUCCAACCUUUCGCGGAUUGGGAUGAUUUCAAGUCUCAGCUGCUGGAUCGGUUCGGGCCGUUAGAGUCUGCGAUGAGUCGGUUACUUGCUUUGAAGCAGGUGGGGUCCGUUGUGGAGUAUCUUACGAAGUUUGAGGAGAUCGCGUCGGAGUUACCCAAGGGGAAGGAUAGGCACGAGAUGUUUUUGGAAGGGGUGUUUGUUAAUGGGCUUAGGGAGGAGAUUAAGGAUGUGCUUCCUUUGUUUCAGCCUAAAGGGUUGGAUGAGAUUAUUGCGCAGGCUAGGAGGUUGGAGAAUAGUCGGUUCUUGGAGAGGUUGACGAUGGUUCCUCGAGAUCCACGGGAGGAUUGAUAAGGGUUGGGAUUAUUGAGGCUUGUCUUGAUGUGAAUAGGUGAGCUCCGUUAGGUUAUAACACAUUUCUAGCUAUGAAACAUUUUAAUGUUCUGGGUUGUUUUCGUUUAUUGGAAGAUAGUUUCUUGGAUU